AUGGGCAUUGUCAAGAACGGAAAGGUUGUGGUGCUGCUAAACGGCCGCUUUGCUGGCCGCAAAGCGAUUGUUGUCAAGACUUUUGACGAGGGCCGUGGUGACCGCAAGUUUGGCCACGCCAUUGUUGCUGGCAUUGACCGUUACCCACGCAAGGUGACACGCUCUAUGAGCAAGGCCAAGGUGAAACAGCGCUCGAAGGUGAAACCGUUUGUCAAGUACGUCAACUACAACCACAUCAUGCCCACCCGCUACGUCGCCGACAUUGACUUGAAGAAGGUCUUGGACGAUGAGGUGCUUGGCAACCCGGAGACCCGCAUUGAGUCCCGUAAGACGAUCAAGAAGGUGUUUGAGGAGCGUUACCUGAACCAAGGCUCGUGCAAGUCAGAGAAGAAGGCUGCUGGUGUCAGCUUCUUCUUCAAGAAGCUCCGCUUUUAA